UAAAUUAUGCGCGAAUCCGCUCGAACUGACUGGUUCCCGGUGUGAAUAGACCGAAAAGAGGGAAGAAAGUCUCUUGGCCCUAUAAAUAAGUAAAAUGGACCUUCAACCUGGCUUAGGAGGUUUAGGCCUAAGUGAUGAUGAGUCUGUACUAGAAAUUGAGAUAAAUAGUCUACCAGAUGAGAUAUUGACUCUUAUUUUAGUAUUAGUCCCUGAUGAGUGUAUCAAACAUUGUGGCCUGGUGUGUUGUCGAUGGUCAGAAAUUGUCGUAGCAACCACCUUUUGGAAAGAGAAAUGUUUACGGAAGGGCUACAUUUUAUCAAGUCUUAUAGCAUCGUAUGCACCCAAUAACUGGAAGGAGUUUUACUAUUUGAAACCAUACUCUAGAAACUUAAUUCAAAAUCCAAGCGGCAAAGAUGGCCUUGAGAAAAAUUGGACAAUCAGGCGUAAUGGCGGUGAUGAGUGGAAAGUUGAAGAUAAGACCAUUGGUGCAAAAGAUAAACCAGAAGAACUGUUAACAGUGAACGAGGGCAGCACAGAAAACUUUGCCACCUCUUACGGAUGGUGUGAAAUGGAUCAGGUUAUUGACUUGGAAAAGGAAGGCUGCUCUCUUAAACUUAUCGAUGACCAUCAACCUGAAAUAUAUGUAUCAGAAUGGUAUACAGAACGGUUUGACUGUGGGUGUUACUAUGAGUUGCAGGUACAACUUUUUGCUGCACUCUCUGAUAAGGAUCCAAUAGAAGAGCAUCACUUUGCUUCUGGACUCAUCCCUCAGUGGUCAGACAAUGAGUGGAAACAGGUAGAGCAUACAUUCAAGAACUAUGGAAAAGGUGUUCGAUUUAUCCGUUUCAUACAUCGAGGAAAAGAUUCACAAUUCUGGGCUGGUCAUUAUGGUAGUAAGAUGGCAGGAGCGCAGGUUAGAAUCCUCAUCGACAGACCCAGCAAUGUACAAUGAAGCCGUCCGUUGGUCUGUGCUGGAUGGAAGGGAUGGAGGGUGGGGGUAGGUACGUUUCAGAAGUACCAAUAAUGCUUAAAACCUCAUUUAAAUAAAAUUAACCAGGUUAAAUACCAAAAUGGAUUGUUUCCACAGAGGUAUUAAACAAGCAUUGAUGCAAUCAAAGAAAACCUGUAGUAUAAUGUUAUUCAUUCAAAAUAUGUUGUUUAUAGAUGCAAUUAUCAAAUAUCCAGUUUUGUAAAAUUAUGGUGUAGUUAGAGAUAUAUAUAGAUGUUAAAUAUAAUAUAAGAUUUAUAUGUCUUGUAUUGUAUUUAUUUUUAAAUUAGUCUGAAUAUAAAAAAUCAAGAAUAAAACCACUAAAGUGGAAACAGUAA